CCGUUGGCCCUUCGUUUAAAUAGCAAACACAGUUCUAUUCAUAACCUCACUAGCCUAGAUCUCCAUGAGUUGUUGUCAUUCGAGAUUUCAAUCGAAUCAGAUUAAUUAGAGAAACGUCAGAUGAUUAAAGUGAAUUACUCUCGAGGAUAAGAUGCAGAGUUCAUCUUGUGCUAUUUGCAUUUCCCUUCUGGACCGGAAUGACGAUAUUUUCUCAACUAUUUGUGGACAUGUCUUUCAUAUGCCCUGUUUGUCACAGUGGCUUGAGAGAUCGAAGAAUUGUCCUCAGUGUCGUGAGAAACUGUCCAGCAGUAAGAUCUUCCGGUUAUACUUCAAUUUCAAUGCCAAUGAGUCGAUCAAAGAGGAUGCAGCUUCCCUGCAGCAUCGGGUAGACAAUAUGCAGUUCCAGUUGGACCUGAAAGAAACUUCGAUCAAGGAGGCUAACAGAAAGUAUACCGAAAUGAAGAAACAGAGAGAUCUGCUGCGUGCAGAGGUCCUCAAGUGCGAGAGUGAACUCGCCAAGAAGGAGUCUGCAAUCUUUGCUCUCCAAGAGCAGGCCAGAUAUCUGAAGACUGCGGCUGAUGAGAAGAAUAUCAUUGAAGCUAAAUUCCAGAGUCUCAAGUCGAAGAUCGACGAAUAUCAGGCAAUCCAGAAACUUCUGACGUCUCCUGCUGCUGCUACUGAGGAGCUCAUAGCUUGCACUCAGGAUGUUUCCAAGCUCAGCGUUUAUGUUUCUGUUUUAAAAAGACAACUAGAGGCAGAACAGCAUCGUCGUAGAGAGUUACGAGACCUGAUGAAAGACAUGAGAAAUGAGUUGAAAAAGUUAUUACAGGAAAAAAACAAGAUGGAAGAAGUAAAAACAAAACUAGAGAUUGAUAAUGAUGCCCUCGAGGCUCAGAAUAGGCGAUUGCGGGAUCAGGUGGAGAAAAAUCCAGAAACUAAAAGAGAGGAUGAUGAAGUGAAAGAAGAAUCCUUUGAUUUUCGAUCACAAUUUCCUUCUGUGAAACGUCAAAAGCUGAAUAACUUAACAAAAGUGAAACCAGAUGCUGAUCUUAACGACGAGGAGAACGAUCCCCUGGCGCACAUGCAUUCUUUCAAGGUCACAUCAGCAAGAGAUCAUUCUAGUAAUUCACGAAAUAAGGCUCUCUCAUCGGAUUCGAUUCUGAAGAAAAAAACUCGACUGGCUGCAACUGCAACGACACGACUUCCAAAGCCUGACGAUCGUUACAUCCCCGAUGGUCUUGGUGGGUACAUGAAGGUUGAGCAAUUUCCAGUGUCAAGACAAGCCAAAAAGUCACAAUCGCCAAAGAAGACAUCCCUCAAACGCAAACUCGACGAUUCGAAGAAUCAUAAAAUCGACAGCUUCAUAGAUCUCACAUAAAUUACCCACAACACGCCUCACAGCUCAACUUCUUCGAUAAAUAACUGUGAUUGUAAAGCUCUCGAAACGAUCAUUGAAUUUUUAAUCUGAGGGCCGCAUGAACUAUCUAUCGAACGUGAUCAUUUGUUCCAAUUCUAUCUGGUUAGCCUAAAAUAUAUCAAAAUUUGGGAUCAAAUUUGUGUUGCAGGCACCACUCGAAUGGCUAUAAAAAGAUAAUGAAAAAAGAGGAAAAAUUAUGGAAGGGCGCUCAAUCGCGAUAAUGAUCGAAAGGGAUCUAACAAGUUUACAAAAAGAAAAAUAAAAAUACCCAGUUUACAAUUACUCUCCACUGGAUUGAGUGACAGUGAGACGAACUUGGUAGAUGCCUUCCCAUUAUUAUCGCGAUUUAACGCCCUUCAAUAAUUUUUCCUCUUUUUUUCCAUUAUCGUUUGAUCCCAAGCUUUAAUAUCUUUUAGGCUAACAAGAUCAAAUUUAAACAAAAGAUUGCAUUCGACAGAUGGUCCAUCCUCAUUUUACGUAAUUAUUUUUGUUUUUGCACAAAAUUCUCAUGACGCCUGCAAUUUACUCAUUAAUUUAUAUAAAAUUUUGCCAGACAGAUCUUUCAUUUCUCGAAAAAUCCCAGUGUGAAAUGUGCAUUCCUCCAUAUGUUUCGUAAUUGAAUAAAAUAAAUGAAAACCGUG